CCACGACGAGGUCGUGCUGGAGCUCCCGAUGGCGAAGCGCCGUCGCACGAGGGCCUCUGCUGCUGGCGGCGGUGGCGGCCUAGCCGGCAGGAAACGGAAGUUCGACGCCGUGAAAGUGUACAAGGCGUUGAAAUUCCGCCGCCAUUUGCGGUCAUCUUAUGACUUCGCGGAGGCUCUCGCCGACGCCCACGCUUACGAUCGCGACGAGGAGCCCGCUGACAGGGAGGUCAGCGAUGACGUCACCAGGACGAGCCUCGAGAAUGGGCUUCGCCGUGUCGAUAUAGUUGCCAUGCUGCUUCACCGUCGUGUUUGGCACGCUGAUCGGGUUCAUGAUAGAAUCGACUUGAUAUCUUUGUUUACUGACGCUAGCCCGAACUGCGGGCACGAGCUGCAGGGCACAGUAGCUUCAGUUCUCAGGAAAGAUGGCUCGUCUUACCACAUUACCUUUCCUGGGUCUACCCUUUGCUACGGCCAAGCAGAUUUGGUCUCGAAGGGUAUCGCCUUGCUUUGGGGAUUUUUUUUGAUUGCUGGACGUGAUGAGGAGGAUCUUGAAUAUUUCUGCGCAAAGGUGACUGCAGUCACGACGGACAUGGGCACCGAACGGAUGACCAUCCAGAUGCCGAAUGUGCGGGAUGCUUUUUGGAGGUGGCUUCGAGGCGAAUCCAUCGGGAAUCUGUUGCCCUACGUGAAGCAGGGGGAGCGGCUUCUGCCGAACGCCAUCCGCAUGAGUGGGUGGGGCCACACGUUUGGCAAUUUGGCCAAGCAUUGUUGUCUUACGUGGGCGGCGUGGCCGCAGAAGCUUGCACGAUUGAGAGCUCUUUGCGCUUUCUUUAAACAUGCUACUUGGCGCAGGCACUUGAAGCGCAUGCUCCAUGAGAGCCGUCCCGAGUUGGACUUGGUUGUGCUUGACCGUUUUUCGGCGGACUUCGCCAAAUGGAGAUACGGCACAUUGGAGCAUGUCUUGAGCCAGCUGUCUCCAUUAGAUGCGAUUCGCAUGCAUUGUAGGCCAGAGUGGUUUCGCACUUGCCAGGAUUCUGAGACGAUCGCUUCUGUUUUCGAUGCGCUGGCUGACGAUGCGCUGUGGAAGUUUAUCGUGCAUGCUCGAUCACGCGUGUUUACGCCACUUGAGCAUGACCGAUAUUGGGGCAUGUGCUGCACGUGCCCCGAGCACGUCCAGGCGCGCAUGGAGGCGCGCGCUCGGGGCCAGACUGUGAGCAUUGAUUGUUUUUACAACUCGCGUAGGCUCCCAGAGGCGUUCGACAGAGUGCAACGCUCCUCGGCUGGUUUUCUACAGAGGGCGAGGGCCCUUACGAUGGAUGACGUUGGGGGUGACGAGGCCGUUUGCAACGCA